AUGCAGGCCACAAGAGCCUUCUAUCCUUAUCAACUGAAUCUGAAUCUAUAUUGGCGCAAUUUACUAGACGUGCGCAACAAACUUGCAAUUAUAUUAACGCUCCGUCAACCAAAAAAUGCGAUCAGUACCCUUACGUUCUUUCAGCGAUUUCGUCGGCUACGAUGCUCGAUUCAGCGUCCCUCGAGAGAUAAUAUUAAUUCGUUUUAUAUCCGGAAUCAUACUGUUCUUCUGUAUCCUGCUUGUACCUAUAUUAAGCAGCGUAAUCUGAAGAACAAAGUUUGUAAACUUGUAGAAUCAGUUCGGUUUGGAGAACAAAAAACGCUUAUGGGUUAUAUACUGGAAGUUUUUGGGGUGGAUGUACGACUGCUGAAUGUUGAAAACUGA